AUGUCGAACGACCCUCUGUUACAAGCCACAUUGCAGUUGUCCGAGGAGUUACUCUGUAGAAGACCAGAAGAGAGAAGCAUCGACGACAUACAGCGUAUUCUUCCGUGGAUUCGACACAGGAGUAGUUUGUUUAAAAACCUGGAAGAUGGUAAAUGUAUGGCUGUGCUCACACUCUCAACAGACUCUUUUUAUAUAGAUCUGAUUUAGUUUUUUCAGCUGGAAAUGAACCCAUUUUCUUUGUGAUUUGGAACAGACAAAAUUUCUUUAACUCCCAUGGGUUACCAAGAUAAAAAUUUUCCUUAUAUCUUAUAUCUUAUACCGUUUUCUGGGUCUGUACUGUAAAUUACGGAACCUCCUUGACGGCUAACAUGCAUAAAUACGAGAGUAAGAAACUGGAUCCGUAACUUACAGUACGGACAUUUAACUCGGUUAGUAAGAAGUAUACAUUUAUAUGGUUAUCUGUUUGAAGAAUGUACUCUAGACACUCCGAUUUUGAGUUGGGGUUAAGACUAUUUGUUCCUUUUUAACAGAGACUUUAGUCAACUUGAUAAAACAUGUGCAGUUGAUCAAAGUAAAGAAAGAUCAUGUCAUCGUACGACAGGGAGAGAAGGGAAACUGGUGAGUACUCUUCAGGGUCGUUCUCAGGGCUCUUCCGGCUCAUUGCUCGUGUUUUUUCUCGCCCCUUGGAAAAUACAACGUAACGGAAAAUAUCUGCCAAAAAUAUGUUAAACCAUCAAAUAAGGGGUAUGUUCAUUGAUUUACUUCUAUUAUCUGCUCCGCGCUAUCCAUCAGUUGAAUAGUUUAUGAACUUGCAUUUAUUGCUUCGAAAUAAAAUAUGAUUUGAAUAUGCGAUUACUCUCUGGCAGUUUCUACGUCAUUCUUAAGGGUGCAGUGUCAAUUUACGCCAGAAAGGAAGAUGAUCAUCACACCGAUUAUCACCAUCAUCAUGACAUGGGUGCAGUCCGCGGCGCCCAGGAAAGAGUAGCGUACUUUGGAAAUGAGCUAGGAAAUCUGAAAAGUGGAAAGAGUUUUGGUGAGAUGGUUCUAAUGAGCGACAAGAAGGAACGAAAUGCCACCGUGAUCGCCGAUGAGAUGACGGAAUUGAUUGUUAUCAAUGAGGAAUUGUUCAAGAGGGCUUUUUAUGCGUACAACAUUGAAUGGAAAGAAAAGUCUGCCUUUGCUUUGGCUUGCCCACUGUUUGCUUCAUGGCCAACAGCACUAAAAGCUCUCUUGAUUGAAAACCUUAAAAUGCACAAAAUCCAGUUUGGAAAUCGGGUAGUGAAGCAGGGCUCGCCGUGUAAUGCGGUUUAUUUCAUCGCUAAAGGUGCAGCUAAGGUAUUAUCUGACCCCAGAAAGUGCAAAGAACAGUUCGAAGCUUUUGCACCUAAAAAGAGGAAGAAGAAAAAAGAACGAAACCACGGAGAAAUAGAAGAAGAAGAAGGAGAAGAAGGAAAGACUGAACUAAACGCAUUAGAAGAUCUGGUUAAGCCUUUAACUGUUAUUGAAAAACGACGAAGAAGAUUGGAGUACGGAUUUACUGCCUUGGAAGACAGGUUACGGCGCCGUGAAAUACAAGCCUCCUUCAUUGGGCCCAAUGACAUCAUUGGUGACGUGGAGUUGGUUCUUGAUAUCCCAGAGUACUGUGCGAGCGUAGAGUGUGUCGAGGCGUUAGAGGUGUAUGAGUUGGACAAAGCAAGCUUUCAGCGGCUUCUAGCGCGGCGCAGCCCAGAAACACUGGCGCUACUGCAUCGAGUUGUCCUCACAAAGCUGAGGUUACGAGUGGAGAAGUUCAACGAGAUACCAUUGUUCAAAUAUCUGCUCGAUCGUGCUGAAGCGGCGCCUAAUAAAGAAACAUCGAAGGCGCUGAGGAGAAGAAGCACCCUACUGCCCCUGAUCAAAAAACCAUUAGCUAAGGGAGGAAGAUGGAAAACAGUCAAAGCCGCAUUUUUGUCCGAAGGGCAGCCGGCCAGACAGAGCGAAACCAUUCUGGACAUGAGAGGUGAAGUUAGUUACAAGGAUAAGGAGGCCACCUCGAGGUGAGAUAACAAAACGAAAUAAGUAUAGAAUUCGAUAUAUGAAUAAAAUGUAAAGCGAAGUUCUGCACUCGGGCCAAGUGGCCCACAAGCCCAUGAGCCCAUCUUGCCCGCUCGGGAUCGCCCGCUUUGAUCCUCCGUGAGGCGGGCAUACAAAGUUCGUAAUUCGUGGACAAUGUCGACAAGAAGAAGACAGUUCAUUUAUAGAAAACAUAAACGAGUACCAGCCAUCACUGUUGGCUUCCAGGGCUCGAAAAUAAACAAGUAAUCAUUGAUUCUUGAGAAAACGUGGGAUUUCUCCAUUUCAUUUCAAAUAAGAGUUAACCACCUCAGAAAUACUUGUGCUAUUUAGAGAAUCGUUUAUUGACCAAGCUUGUUCGAUCAAAAUGGCUGGUCACUAGCCUCCUUCCUUUUUUUUUCGUUUUAAUGGACCUCGGCAUCGUCCCAGUCCAUUAAAACGCAAAGAAGUAAAGAACUCGGACAAUAUCCAGCAUACUGAUGUCAUGCUUGGUCAAUAACACAUAUUUAUCGACCGAUAGGUCAAUUUUUACUUUUGUACUGAUAUGCCAUUUGUGCAAUGGUGUUCUGGAAAAAAGCGUAUGGCAAAAGAAACUGUGAAAAGGGAUUCAAAAAGGAGCUUUCAGGAAGUAACUCCAGCAGAAUCACUCUAGGAAAGAUGGCUUUUACUCUGUUCAUAUUAUGGUUUGUCGAGUUCAUUCAGGUUCGGUUCAAAUGUUGGCCGCCUGUCUUCACUCGCAUUAAGGUGGCUCUGUCAUGUCUGAUGACCACGCAUAAGCUGCCGAAGAAAGCUUUAGUCAGUCUUCAUAUCUCUUUAACCCUUUAACUCCCAAAAGUGAUCAACAUGUAACUUCUCCCUGUAAUAUCCAUGCAUUAUCGAGCAAGCAAGUAAUGAGAAAACUCGUAGAAGUUGUUAUCUUGAUCUAUCACCAAAUUCUCGUAGCUAAUUUACAAGGGAAUGGGUUGAAGCUAAAGGGGAGAACUAACAAUCAGAUCUUGGGAGUCAAAGGAUUAACAACUAUUAUUUCUUUGACAAGUUAGUGAUAUAGAAACUUUACUCGAUAAACUCAGCUCCCUAUUCUCAGUUUUUGUUAAUCAGCUUUCAAAACACCGGAACAUGAUCUUUAGAGUCACACACGAUAAUGAGAUGUUUUCGGAAGUUUUGCAUUGACGUUUUUCCUGAGUAAACCUUAAUUCCUGUAUAAAAUUACAGGAAGACUUUCUUAGACGACCUUGGGAAAACUAUCAAUCUUUUUUUUAAUGCGAUCAUCGAAUUUUUCUGGAAUCCUCACAAUUCUAUAGAAAGCGCGACUUAUUUACAAAAACGGCAAAAUAGAGUUUCUGGCGGUUUAUCUUCACUCUUUUGUUCAUUAAAUCGAUUAUAUUCACAGAAGUGCUGAACAAAAGGCCUAGGGUUUUUGUUCUUUACCUCAGGCUUGAUCUGGGGAUCGUUGUAAAUCAGAGUUCAUUUUUAGCGUUUGCCGUUGGCGCAGAUCCAGGCUUACGUAUUAUGCUUUCAAUCCGACUGUUUACUUUUGAUAUUAGUCGAGCACGUAGCCUGAUUUUUAUUUUUAAAGAAACAUUGAUUUAUUUUUAACAACGAAUUGCAUUAACAUCCAAUUGGAUUACUUAGCAAACAGUGAGUAGCUAAAAAAACCCUAAGAACUCGAAGAAUUGUCGGUCUUUAUUUGUGAGAUAGGAAAUCUUCAUCAAGCAGUACAUGAGCAUCAGACGCGAUAUACUCAGCUGCCUUCAAAGGACGAAAUUCUGAAAGUGUGAUUAAAAGUUUGGAGCUGACUAUUUCAAGAUAAGUGAGGAUCAAGGCAUAGAGAAGCAAUUUACAAAUGCGUGGGAGGGAGGGCGGGGCAAUGAUAGAUCACUUCAGAAAAUGAUUCUUUUACAGCUAGCUCUUGAUACAAAGCUUUCCUUAAUUAAACAUCUCAUUCCUGCACUUGUUAUUCGAUAUUUUCUUUCAGUGAAAAGAAAAGAAGAGACCAAAAGCGCUCCGAUAGAAAGGUAUUGAUGAAAAUAUACAUUUAAAGCGCUUAUUAUGCAAUAUACCGCACUUUCUAUCGGCUUACCGGUGCAAUCACCCACGCAAAGAAUUGCGUAGAAUCACAAGCCGCAGCCGAGUGAUUUACACACUUUGUCGUGUUCUCCUAACAUCCCAACUUGAUUAUUACGCCAGUAAACCGAUAGAAAAUGCGGUCUAUUGCAUUUAUGAAUUAAAAUUAAAAACAAAUAAACCAAAUGUUUCACUUUUCUAUGGGUUUAUACCGGUGCAACAAACAAUAGCAGGUAAUUUAGCGUUAACAACUGAGUUGAACACGUAAAUUGGCCAUCGUAGAGGGUAAAAAAAGCUGGCGUUUCGAGCGUUACCCUUUACGGUGGCCAAGUUACGUUUUCAACUCAGUUGUCAACACUAAAUUACCUGCUAUACUCUCCCACCGACGCAGCACCACAAUUUCUUUAGAAACUUACCUCUUUUAUCAACAAACAAUAGGUUUUUGACCAAUCAGGGCGCUUGUAGUACCUCAGUCAAUUGAAAGAUCCUGUUUUAACUAAAAUAACAUCAAAAAAAUUGUUAAUAAAAUUUCAAGUUGGGUUUGAGUUUCAGAGAGAGGGGAAUCUUCAACAUUGAUACAACGAUCAUUUGUCUUAAGAAUUAUAUCUCGUCCACUUUAUUGCAGAUAAAACAAUUUGAGCUCCCUUGCCCCUGUUUUUUAUUCUUUUUAAAAUAAGUUAUCUCUGAUUUGUAGAGCCAACUUCAGGGAAUUCACGACGAAUAAUUCGGCAGUUAGCCAUUUCUCGAUAAAUAUAUACAGAUAUAAAAUUUCAAUUUUUUACCGAGUGUCUUAAAAUUGCGACUACCUUCAAAUGAACGACUAACAAGAGCUAUGUUCAAAGGUAAGUUUUAAGUGCUUUAAUUCAAGCGAAAAUACCAAUGACGCAAAAAUUUGUGAAACAAUUGAGAACGAUGCGUAAUAGAAAUCUGCCCGGAUCAAUAGUAUCUGAAAUUAAAUUGGUUAUCAAUACAAAUGAUGCAAAAGGAACACGAGUGAACCUUCACAAGUAAUUUCAAUUAUCGCAAACGAAAAAAGGUAAAAAGACACUAUUUGAUGUUAAAGACGCCAGAGCUCUUUUUAAUUCCUUUUGUUUGCUAACUUUCAGGAACCAGUCAAAAAGCAGUACACAUCCGAAGAAUUUCGUGCUUUGAAGAAGAAAAUGCAGGCACGAGGAAAAAUGAUACGAUAA